AUGCCUGAAGCUGUGUGUUAUCUUGGAGGUCUGGAGCUGACACAUUCGCCAUUUAAGUGCGAUGGAAACCAUCCGACUUGCGGACGCUGCGCUGGAUAUGGAUAUGACUGUAGCUGGAACGAGGGUAGGCUUCGAAAGUCUGCUUCCGACGGCAAUGGAGCGAAUCUGAAUUGGCUCUUCAUGGAGACCGACGGCCGAAAAAUAAGAGAUGCAAUUGCCACUUACGAGAACUUAAUUGGAUGCCUCCGCAAAAACCUUUCUCGGGAUGAGUGCAAGGUUGUCGACUUGCGACUUGCAUCAAUUCAGCUUCCAGACCACUUAACAAAGCAGAUCGGACAUGAUACUACGAGUAUCUCACCGUCGCCAGAGCAGGAUGUGGCGGACGAUCAUCAUCCCACCACCUUUCGACGGUACUUGGGUGAGGCCAGUGACAUUCGCUUCUUCCAUGCCGUGGAAUCGGCCUUUUGCCAGCAAAGCGAGUCAGGUCAGCAAGAAGAUGACCCCGAAGCGCGAGUCGAGAGCUACGAACAAGAUGGUCCUCGCCAGCAGUUCUUGGAACAGAGCCAAGGCCCCUUGCCGCCCCGGGCUAGCGCGGACAAUUUUGUCGACAUAUACUUCUCAACAAUUCACAUUGCUUAUCCCUUCGUCUCGGAACCGGAUUUUAGGCAAACAUAUGAAUCGUUUUGGCGAUCGGACUCGUUGGAAGGCUUCCGUGGGCCCUGGCUAUCUUUGCUGGUAACCAUUUUCGCCAUCGGUUCGUGCUAUGUGGGGAUCGCUGAAGCCGAAGGAAGAACUUCCAAUCCGCAGACGUCGCGUCAGCACCAACGUCAUUUCGAUCGCGCGAUAGCUAUUGCACAGAACUAUAGCUCGAACCACACGGUUGAUCAUAUUUCUGCUUUGCUCGCUCAAUGUUUCUAUCUCCUGGCCACUUGCCAGACCGACCGAUGUUGGACAACACUAGGUUCGGCUGUUCGAAUUGCCCAAAGUAUCGGUCUCCAUGUUGAAGAUGCCCAUCGCACGGGCGUUGGAAAUACCCUGCCUUCACCAGAAAUGUGUCGUCGAGUUUGGUACUCCAUAUUUGUGCUGGAUCGCCUCCUAGCAUUGCAAUUGGGACGUCCACCGGCUAUCAGCGAGGCAGGUUUCGAUGUUCAACUUCCAUCUCAACAGUCGGAUGUCGACUUGGCGAAUUCGACCGGUCACUAUGGCAUGCACGAGACAGACUGGGUAGGAGACUAUUUUAUUGCAAUGAUCAAGUUCUCGGAAAUAAUUGGAAGAGUCUUCGAGAGUCUGUACGGACCAAGAGGAGCUGACGACCCCGCUUUGAUCCUAUCACACAUCGAUCAUUUAGAUAACGAAUUGUCACGAUGA